CCGAGGCGGCGGAAGAAGUUUCCGCUUUGCACUCCACCCCGGUAGCAGCUUCUCGGCCAGGGAGAGCUUCCUCCAGAUCUCGCCCCCGUCGCCUGCCAGCCCAACCGAAUCAUGGGGUUCCCCAAAGGGCCCGAGGGCCAGGGUCUCCCAGAGGUGGAAACAAGAGAAGAUGAAGAACAAAGUGUUAAGUUGACUGAAAUUCUGGAACUUUUGGUUGCAGCUGGAUAUUUCAGGGCAAGAAUUAAAGGCUUGUCACCUUUUGACAAGGUAGUAGGAGGAAUGACUUGGUGCAUCACCACUUGCAACUUUGAUGUAGAUGUUGAUUUGCUCUUUCAGGAAAACUCUACAAUAGGUCAAAAAAUAGCUCUCUCAGAAAAAAUUGUCUCAGUCCUGCCAAGGAUGAAAUGUCCACACCAGCUGGAGCCCCACCAGAUCCAAGGCAUGGACUUUAUUCACAUAUUUCCUGUUGUUCAGUGGCUGGUGAAGCGAGCCAUUGAAACAAAAGAAGAAAUGGGUGACUACAUUCGCUCCUACUCCAUAUCCCAGUUCCAGAAAAUCUACAGUCUCCCAGAGGAUGAUGACUUCAUAAAGAGAAAAGAAAAGGCUAUCAAGACAGUUGUUGACAUUUCAGAUGUAUACAAGCCCCGUCGGAAGUACAGACGCCAGCGGGGAGCAGAGGAGCUGCUUGAUGAAGAAUCCCGAAUCCACGCUACGCUUUUGGAAUAUGGCAGGAGGUAUGGAUUUAGCCGCCAGAGCAAAACAGAGAAGGCUGAGGAUAAGAAAAUGGCACUUUCAGCAGGACUUUCAGCAGCAGAAAAGGCCGAAGCCCACGAGGAAGAUGAACUCCAAGCUGCAGAAGAGCAGCGUAUUAAAUCACUGAUGACCAAGAUGACUGCCAUGGCAACUGAGGAGAGCCGGCUCACCGCAAGCUCCGUAGGCCAGAUCGUGGGCCUGUGCUCUGCUGAGAUCAAGCAGAUGGUGUCUGAGUACGCUGAGAAGCAGUCUGAGCUGUCAGCGGAAGAUAGUCCAGAAAAAUUAGGAGCCUCCCAGCUACAUCGUCGGAAAGUCAUUUCCUUGAACAAGCAGAUUCUACAGAAGAGCAAACAUCUGGAAGAGCUGCAAGCAAGUCAUGCUAACUUACAAGCCAAAUAUAAUGAAAUGAAGAAAACACUGACAGAGUUAAAGAGUUACAGUGAGAAACUGAAUAAAGAACAAGCGGCCCUUGAGAAGAUAGAAUCCAAAGCUGAUCCAAGUAUCCUGCAGAGCUUGAGAGCACUUGUUGCCAUGAAUGAAAAUCUGAAAAGCCAGGAACAGCAGUUUAAAGCACAUUGUCGAGAGGAGAUGAUACGACUGCAGCAGGAAAUAGAAAACUUGAAAGCUGAAAGAACACCUGGUGGAGGUGAAAAGACCCUCACCAGUGGAGAGGCGCAUGGUGACCUGACCUCUGUGAUGACUCAUAAUGAAGACCUAGACAGACGGUACAAUAUGGAGAAAGAGAAACUUUACAAAAUCCGUUUACUACAGGCACGAAGAAAUCGAGAAAUCGCAAUUUUGCACCGCAAGAUUGAUGAAGUACCCAGCCGAGCAGAGCUAAUACAGUAUCAGAAGAGAUUUAUUGAACUCUACCGCCAGAUUUCAGCUGUCCACAAAGAAACCAAGCAGUUCUUCACUUUAUAUAACACCCUGGACGAUAAAAAGGUUUAUUUGGAAAAAGAGAUUAGCCUGCUGAACUCAAUUCAUGAAAACUUCUCACAAGCUAUGGCCUCCCCUGCUUCCCGGGACCAGUUUUUACGUCAAAUGGAACAGAUCGUAGAAGGAAUUAAGCAAAGUAGAAUGAAGAUGGAAAAGAAGAAGCAAGAGAAUAAAAUGAGAAGAGACCAAUUGAACGACCAGUACUUGGAAUUGUUAGAAAAACAGAGACUAUACUUUAAGACCGUGAAAGAAUUUAAGGAGGAGGGCCGCAAGAAUGAGGUGCUGCUGUCCAAGGUGAAAGCCAAGGCUUCCUGAAAAUUCCUGCAGUCAUCGUAUGUCAUUGAUUUAUUUUUUUUUUAAUCGUCCAUGUAUCAACUACAGGAUCAUGAAAUCGUUCUGAAAGCUACUGCAGAGAUACAGGUGUAAUGAUUUCAGCACCCUGGAUAUUUCCUUUCUUCUCUUUGCUUCCAUUUCAUCUCUGUUGGUUGUUGUUGCUAGAAUCAGACAAUGUAAACACUAGUGGUUAGAUAACAAACUCAUUAUCAUAUGGAAAACUGUGGGCAGAAUCUGUUCUCUUUGUUGAUUCAACUUUCAUUUCUUUAGUAACAUUGCAUAUAUGAAGGUACCUGUAUUUGUAUGAACUCUGAAUAAAGAGGAAUUCUUGUGUUCAG